GUCGGCCACACUUGUCAGAUGCCGUCCAAUAUGCCAUGCGAGGAUACAUGGUCGGCUGGCGCCUACACUCUCUUCAAUGAUCCAAAGCGCGAUUGGUGCGAAUGGGCCAUCUUCGACGGGCAUGCUGGGCCCAGAACUGCGCAGAUGCUGAAACAAGCCCUCCCGAACGUGGUCGGACAAGACCUAUGGGAUGCCAAGUGCAUGGACCAGUCCUAUGUUCCAAAUGAUUGGCACACUGUUAGCACAAUCAAGAAGUCCUUCCUACAGCUUGACAAAGACAUCCUCGACGAAGCCGCCAAGCGCAUACAGUCCGGCGGCCCUUUAGCCGAAGUGGUAUCUGCUGGAGCUGCAGCCUUCUCAGGAUCGUGCGCUCUACUUGCCCUCUAUGAUCCCGCACGAGACAUUCUGCGCGUGGCAAAUGUCGGCGAUUCUAGAGCAGUCCUCGGAACUUGGGACAACGCCGCCCAGAAGUACGUAGCGAAACCUAUGUCCAUUGACCAAACCGGCUUCAACCAAGAUGAGGUCACGCGCUUGAAGAAGAACCACCCCGGCGAAGAUGAUGUCGUCGAUCCGUCCAGUGGUCGUGUACACGGAAUUGCAAUCUCCAGAGCAUUUGGCGAUGCCAGAUGGAAAUGGGCGACUGACCUCACUCAGCUUGCCCACGACCGCUUCUUUGGGCCCAAGCCGAGACCUAAGGGCAUGAUCAAGACACCGCCAUACUUGACUGCUGAGCCAGAGGUCAUGGAGACUAAGGUCAAUACAGGCAAUCGAGCUGACUUCCUGAUUAUGGCCAGCGAUGGUCUUUGGGAUCAAUUGUCCUCGGAGGAUGCUGUUGCUUGCGUGCAGAUGUGGCUCGACAAGAACAAACCUGAAGCAUUCAUCGCCGAAGAACUUGGCCAGAAUGAUUCGUGGAGGGACUACCUCCGGAAAUCCAAUCGCCCACCGACCUAUACCAGUGCCAAAGAUCUCGCUGAUGAUGACACCUACUUCGAUGAAGAUGAGAAGUGCUUGAAGUGGCGUGUCAAGCAAAAGCACUUCGUUGUUGAAGACGAGCAUUGCGGUGUUCAUCUGGUCAAGAAUGCUUUGGGUGGAAAGCGAAGAGACUUGUUCACUGGUGUGAUGAGUGUCCAGCCGCCAUACAGCCGGAAUGUGCGAGACGAUAUCACCGUCCACGUCAUAUUCUUUGGAAUCGACACGGAGCCUCUCAUGAAAGCUGCGAACAAGAAAUGA